AUGGCGGGACCGCGGGACGUGGCCGGGCUGCGCCUCUGCCCGGCCGAGCUGCGCUUCAUGGACGCGGUGCCCGGGGGCCGGUACCGGGCGCUGCUGAGCGUCCAGAACCUGCAGCCGGGGAGCCGCCGCCUCCAGCUGCUGCCGCCGCGCCGCGCCCAGUUUAAAUUGAUUGUGGAAAAUCCAGAUAAACCUGUUGCAUCUGGUCUUCAAGUUACAGCUACUGUGGAAUAUCAUCCUGACAGUGAGGAGGACCUUCGAGAUAGACUACUCCUUCUGGUAGAAGAAGAUGUAAUUGAGAUCCCUCUGAUAGGAUUAAUUCCAUGCUGUUAUCUGGAAAUUGAGCCGGAGAUUAAUUUUGGCACAGUGAUUGCAAACAGUAAAGUAAUUAGUAGAGAGAUUAGUAUUACUAACCAUGGAUCAUCUCCAGGUGCAUUUAAAAUAGACUACAACGGAAGUGUCCCUGUUAACAUAGUACCUACCAGUGGAGUGGUGGAACCCAAAACAUUACAGUUGGUUAAAGUGGAUAUCUGUACAGAUAUACCCAGAAUCAUUAGGGAAGUGGCAAAAGUGGAAUUGCAAGGUCGUGGUAUUACAAACUUAAGGAUAGAAGCUCAUGUAGUUGAACAAGUUCUUGAAUUAGUAGGUGUGUCUCAUGAAAACACACUAGAAUGUAUUCAUUUUGGAUCUGUCUAUUUUGGAACUUCAAAUACUGAACAAGUGGUUCUGUACAAUAAAAGCCCAGAGACCAUGAACUGGGUGGCAGUACUGGAGGACGAUGCUGUUGGAGGAGAGAUGGGCACACAUCUUCAGAAGAGUACUGAUGCUGUUUUACAAGAAUUGAGCUUCAUAAAUAGAACCAAAGAACUAGAUGUUUCAACUUUGAUCUCCUGCAUUCCCAACCAAGGAACCUUGCUACCUUAUCAGAAAACUGUGGUUACACUGUGCUUUAGUCCAAAGCAAUUUAAAAGAGACAUUGGACUUACUGAAUUUCCACCAAGACAAGAUUAUGCACUGUUUUUGAGGUUUGAGGCCAUAGGAAGUAAAGAUAGCUUUCUGCAGGCUCUGAAUGGUGACAGCAUAACAAUCAAAGAGACUCAUCCUCAUCAUGUGGAGUUAGCUUUGACAGGUUCAGGGCUUCCUGUCAUGUUAACUUUCAGUCCAGGACCAGUUGUUAAUUUUAUGGACUGUUUCAUGGGUGAACACACAGAGAUUAUGUGCACUCUCAAAAAUGAAUCUGAGUCACUUCCAGUAACAUUCAGCUUCCACAAGAUAGCGCAUUUUAAUAUUUGUCCCGAAAAAGGGAAAGUAAAAGAAAAAUGUACAAAGGAUGUGAUGUUUUCAUUUGCUCCACGUCAAGCAGGAACCUUUAAAGCGAAGCAAGUCGUAGAUAUUUUCGGUUCAGUGGCAGAGGAAGAUAACUUACUGUCUUUGAAGAUCAAACCCUUUCAUCAAAUACAUUUAAGUUUUACUGGUGUAUGCAAACCGAAAACCAAGAAAAUGAUGUUUAAAAUCAACCCUGGCAUAACACCAAUGAUUACCAAUGCAACUGGACAGUUGGUAGCUGAUGAGAUUGGGCGAUUUAUUGAUUUUGCACCAGUAGCAAUGCUUCGAUCAGCUCAAACACAGAUGCAUACUCACCAGAUAAAUAGGGACUGUAAAAGUGAUGCACUUAUAGCCUUUCCUAAUGAUCGCUCAGCCAGCAUUAGGCCCAGUGAACGACAUAAAAAAUAUAGGACUAUUUUUACGAAAGCUGACCGAUAUCAUUAUGUGGAUCCAGAUUUUGCUUAUACUGACUAUGAAGAACUGGAAAAGCAAGCACAUAAGGAAUACUAUGCAGAUUUUAUUCAAAGUUUAAGACAGCGUCGCUUACAAAAAGAAGCUACUAGGAAAUAUAACAGUCUUAACAAUCCUGUGAACAUAGGCCUAAAACCAGCUUCAGGGCUCAGGUCACCAAAGAUCACAAUGACAGAUUUACAGAAGGAGAAGCCGAAACUAGAAACAACUCCUUUAAAUGAGGACUGCCUGCUAAGUAGUCGAAAGCUGGCAGCAAUUGAAUCUGAAUCCUUAGCCAAAGAGGUUUAUGACGGGCUUAAUGCUGUACCAUCUUCUCCACAAGAGAAAGAAGAUUGUAAUAUAACUUUGACACCAAAACAGCUUUAUCAGAUAAUCAUUGGUCCCUCCACCAUAGACUUUGGUGAAGUUUGUGUGCACUCUGCAUCUACGAGAAAAAUGCAUAUCAUCAAUAAUCUGCCUGUGCACAUCUGGAUACAAGUAGAAAUUGAAAGUGAGGAGCUACAGCAGACUAGUCCAUUGUCCCAUGUGUUGCCACCUCUUUCGAAGACUUACAUUCCAGUAGUAUUUGAGACUAAUACCUUGGGGAAAUUUCAGAAGUCUUUCACUUACACAAUAAACAACAAACAUACUGGUCAUGUGCUGGUAGUUGCAAAAGCAGUGCCAGUUGCCCUUGAGCUAUCUGCAAGGGAGCUGAUUCUAAAUCCAACCCCUGGUUUCCUUGUGGAAACAAGCUUUAGAACAACGGUCAGAUUAUCCAAUCGCAGAAACUGUCUUGCUGAAUUCAGUUGGAAACCUAUAGUCACAGAUAAAGGAAUAGCAUUUUCUAUACGGCCAGCCAAAGGUAUUGUAGAAGCAUACAAAGACCUGGAGUGUGAAGUGGUUUGGCAUCCAGGUUUCUGCUCUCCAGAAACAGGAGAAUUCAAUCUGUGUGUACAUCAGGGAAACACACUUAAGCUAAAAUGCUUUGCAAAGCUUGGACCUACCAGUAUUCAGUUUAUGGAACAAAGGAUACCUUUCAAUCAUGCUCCUCUAGGAUUAACUACGUGCAAGACAGCCAUUCUUCAAAACACAGGACAUAAUCAUGCAUACUUCCAGGUUCUUGAUUUGAACCCCCUGCCUGGAAUGACUAUCACUCCUUCUCAGGGGGUAGUACCUGUUGGAGGCCACGCUGAUCUCAAAAUCGACUUCACCCCCAAUGCAGUAAUGAAAUUUGAUACCAGAGUGGAGGUAGCCAUCCGCCAUGGAAAAGUAUUGGAAUUUAGGAUUGGUGGAUCUGUAGAGGCCCCUGAAAUAGGCAUUAGUGUAGAAUCCUUUAACUUCCAUGGUGUUUAUGCUGGUUCCACCCAAGGAAUUCCCUUUUUGCUUCAGAACAAAGGAGUAGCACGAGCAAGGGUGGAGUUUGAUUUAUCCAAAUAUAAAGACUUUACACUGAACUUCAAAGACCAGUCAGUGGUUGAUUAUUAUCCUCCGAGGCCGUAUUUGUAUUCUGUGGUGGUAGAGGGGAAGUCAACUCUGCAAUGUUUGUUGUACUUCACACCAAAAGAAGUGGCAGCAUAUGACUUCAGUCUUCCAGUGAACAUUAAUUUCAGUGAGGUUCCAUCUUCUCAGCAAAGCACUACAGCUACGACACCUUCUGGGUCAGGAAAGCACAUAAUUGUUCCUCGUCCUCAAAUUCUGUCUAUUACUGCUCCAUUAUGUACAGUUCAAGCAACUGUACUGCAGCCUCCACUUGAGUUCUCCACUUCAGAGCUGGUAUUUCAGUCAAGAAGCAUACAUUUAGAGAUUGCUGAUGAAAGUCUGAGCACUCAGAAGUUUGACCUGAAGAACACCUCAAGGCAACCGGUAACAUGGCAAUUAGAUCUUGAUGGUGCAGGAAAAGCCAUAGAAGAUGGCAUUUUUAAAUUUAGUCUGUGUGCUGGAGUUCUUGAUCCAGGACAAAAAACUAGUAUCACCGUAGGCUUCUGCCCAUCUUAUCCUGGGACGUAUGAAGCUGAAGUGCCAGUGUUUCUGAAUGAUAACCCAUCUCAUUGCAAACUAUUAACUCUGUCUAGUACUGUCAAGUCACCUAAGAUAAACUUCGAUCCCCCGUUUUUGAUAUUGAUGCCUGUUCCUCUGGAUAUGAAAACUGAGAUGUAUGUCAAUAUUAUUCCAAAAGACUACUCAAGGCCGUCAGCACUACAAGUUGAAAUUCCAGAGCUUGAACUUGAAGAUGGUGACAAGAUUAAUCCCCUUUCUGUGCAGUUUCCAAGUGGCCAAGUUAUUGCAGUCUCACCAGAGGGGACAAAUGUAGGACUCACUUGUCAUAUCAGCUUCAGGUCAUCUAGGCCAGUGUCAUUUUUAAGGAACAUAUUCUUCAUCGAUGAUGAAAAAAACAGGUUCUCGCUUCAGGUUGCUGCCACAGCAGAGAACUGCCUUCUUACUGUAUAUCCAUACCUGGCAUUCCACUGCACAGACCAACAAAUUGUCUUGAGAAGUGACAAUAAUGGGAUAAUCUACAACAAUGGAGAAGCUGUUUUGCAUCCCUGUUACACUCCAGGAUCACUGUCCCAUAGUACUUCCUCCAGUUCCCUCUAUGCAGUCACUAACUCAGCCUAUGAAGGUUCUUCUUCAGAAUCGGAAAAUAUGCUUGAAAAUGAAUGGGUGAAGAAGGAUGAAGCUGACAGCCAAAGUCAGGAGAGAGAAAAUAAAUUUCAACUAUCGCUUUUUCCUGACGAAGACAGAGAGGAACACAUCUUCUUUCAGAAAGUGAUAACUGCAGUUCAGAACUGGUUCACUCUUUUUGGUUGGUCUAAGGGACCUAAUCCUAUUUCUAUUCCCCACUCAUUAAGACGUGAUGUGUGUAAAAUCCAGAUGACUUCAUCUGAUGAAAAAGUUAUUAAACAAAACCUCGGCAAAGAUACAAAGACUGUUUAUGACAUGCUACUCCAUCUGAGUGGACAGUUGCUACCAGGAAUUACUUCGAGCCAGUCAUUGCCCUCUGAUCCUAUUGAACGAGUAAUCCAGCUCCACUGGCAGCAUUCUACAAUGCUCACUUUCCUCAAAAGCCAAGGAGCAUGCCUUCCUCAUGUUAUGCCUGAAUUUCUGCUUGAACCUGAUGAAUAUAAGAAAUGGAUUGGAUUGCAAAUUGCAUUGAAGGUUCAGAUGACUGAGCUGCAAAAAGCUAACAUGAAGAACUCUGAAAUUUUUAACAAUAAGAGUCUGUUUGUUUUGGAUGACAAUGAAUUCGAGACCAUGAGCAAACGUGUAUGGACCGAUGUACUACUCCAGGUAUACAAGGUGUUGGUCCUUGCACGUGUAUCAUCACUUACUAUCAGUAAUCUGUUGAGCUCAGAAAGCCUGCAAAGCAUGCCAAGAAUAAAUGCUGAGCCUUUAUCCAGUAAUAUAUAUUCUCCAUCUGAAAGACUCCUCCUUACCUGGCUGAAUACACAUUAUGAGAAAACCAGAAAAAUUGUGUGGAAAGACUGUCAAAAAGGUGAAGUACCACCUAUGAGAUGGAUAGUAAAUUUUGACAGAGAUCUUCUAGAUGGUCUAGUAUUGGCAGCACAGGUGGCAGCUUAUUGCCCAUAUUUGAUUCCAACUCACUUUACGAAUAUGUAUACUAAUCCGGGAACUCCUGAACAAUGUCUGCACAAUUGCUUGAUACUCGUGAAUGCUUUUCAUGCCAUCAGCCUUGAUAUAGGUGUACAGGCCACCGACGUCUGUGAUCCAAACCCAGUCAUGAUGCUUAUGCUCUGCGUCUAUUUAUACGAAAGGCUCCCUCAGUAUUUACCCAAGAAGACUGUUGAAUUUACUGGAGCUUUCCAUGCUACUGUUGUUAGACAGGUGCGUCUGAAAAACCCAAGCUUUAAACCUUUGGUGUACAACGCUACAAUUGUAGGAAGAGAGUCUGCUGAUUUCUUAUUACCUAAAGGAAACACUGUCCUCAUUGCCCCAAAGAGCCAAAUAAAUAUAAAUGUGGAAUUCACUAGUCGCUUUCUACAUCCUGCUGAAGCAAUGUUGUUGUUGGUUUCGAAGACUGUAAGUGGAGUAGGAGGUACAACAAUGACUUUCUCUCUGAAAUCUAAAGUCAGCCGUAUUGACCCUGCUGGUGUAUUAAAAUGCAAAUCUCCAUGUUAUGAACGGAAGAAAGUUAGUCUGAAUGUUACUAGUCCCUUCAGAACUGAUGGAAUAUUCAGGGUUAUUUUAGUGGAAUCUACAACUUACUUAACUGUACCUGAGCAAUUGCAUCAAGCCAGCCAAGUAAAGCAAGGCAAAACACACAGUUCUGAAUGUAAUGUACUGAAUAGUACAAGUGACGUGGGAGGUGAAGAUGUACUGUGUCACAAAGAGAACAACUCAAAUGGCUUUAAUCGAUUCAAUCACCUACAAGAGUUCUUCAGUCCAGUGUGCACAUUGUACUUAGAAGGGAGAAGUUCUGCAAACCUGGAUCUUUACUUUCUUCCUUUUAAUCUGGAAAAGCGCUAUUGCACCAUCAUUCUGGUCAAUGACCUGGUUGGAGAAUUUGUUUACCUGGUAGAGGGAACAUGUGGCAUACCUUUGCCUUCAGGCUUGCUUCCGAUGGAUAGUCCAAAUGUUCUGCGCAUUAGCAGUACUUUAAAAGGUCGCAGUGCAGUACAGCCAGUUCUGUGCUUGAAAUGCAGUCUCACCGAUACUCUUGAAGAAAAGCUGAAGAUCCCGUUGAUUAAUGAAGCUAGGGAGAAGGCUCUGGCCAUUGCAGCACAGCAGCAGAUGUCAGCUCUCGAACACAAGCGAAGAAAGGUCACAGGAACACUGGAGAGCAGCAGUGUUCGAGUUGCAGUUGCAGCCUUAGGGCUGUCCAGAAUUGAGAGAGAUGCACUGUAUAGGCCUACUAAAUACCCCGAAAAGUUAAAAUCUGUGGACUACAGUAUAGAAGUGAGCAUGCCAGAAUAUUUUGAAAUCCCUGAAAAACUCUCUAUUCCCGUGUCAGCAACAAGCAAAGUUAAUUCUAAAGCCUUUUCAGAGGAAGACCAUCAGGCUGUGAAAGCAACAGAUAAGGAUACAGCAGUUGAACUUCCUAUAAAGUUUACUCCACAAUAUCCUGGUCGCUAUCCCUGCCAGAUUCUGCUGCGAUCUUUCUAUGAUAUUCGGGUCUACUUGAUUGAGUGUGUGGUGAAUACAGACAGUGCUGAGGCUGAGCUUGAAUUUGUAACCCCAGCCUAUCAGUCCGUGAUUCAGGACAUACCAAUAAGUAAUAUGUCUAAUCAGGACUGGAAACUUCAAGCAAUCCUAGAGGGACAUUGUUUUUAUGGCCCUCCUCUCAUAUAUGUGGGUCCAGGUGAAACAACACAGUAUCCUCUCAUGUUUAAUCCCAUUGCUGAGUGUGUCACUCUGGGCAAGCUUAUUCUACAAAAUGAAACAGAUGGGACUGAACACAUCUUUGGCCUUAAGGGAAUAGGGAGGAAACCUCUUGCACUGGAUCAUAUCGUAAUAAACUGUCAAGUGAGACAAAUUACUCAGAAGGUCCUAAUGGUGCCCAAUUAUACAAAGAACAAGUUGACAUACAAGGUGACUUCAGAUCUUCCAAUGGUGGCUGGUAUUCCAAACCUCACUGUAGAAGCUGAUGACACAGCCGCUUACACUCUGAAUGUAUCUGCAUGGAAACGAGGAAUAUUUAAAGGUGUAAUUUCAUUUAUUGUCGAAGUUGAAGAACAACAGCAGUCUCGACAUAACAGCUCACCGGAGGAGACAGAUGGUGAACAGGCCCUUCAGAAAUUGUCAACAGAGACAUCACAAACUGUUGAUGCAGCAAACACUGGAGGAAAUUCUUCAUGUUGCAAAGUGUGGUUUUCCUUGGAGAUUAAUAGUGUACCUUGUGCACCUGAAAGAACCCUGGAUGUGAAGUGUGCAGCUCUGGAUACCAUUGGCAUUGAAAUUCCCAUCACUAAUCCUACACCUGAAACUCUACAGUUAGAUGUAGUGUUAAUGGGUGCUGCACUUAGUGGAGAAACAAUUCUUGUUCUUCAGCCAAAAGAAACUCUGUCCUAUGAAGUAAAAUAUUCCCCAGCUAGUACUGGCACUUCAGAAGGAAGGAAAGCUCAAACAGAUUCAACCAUGGAGCCUCUAGGCUGUGAGGUGCAGCGACUGCAGGUCUGGUUGCUGGAGCCGCCUGUGAUCCUGCAUGAGAAGGUCCGGGAAGAGUGGCAGGAUCAGGAACAGUCCAUAUGUCCUCUCAGUGCAUCUGUCCUGCAUCGCUCCAGCAGUAAGGAGUUUGCUUUCUAUCUUCCACUGAAGCAGACGCAAGCAAUCCCACUACCUCCAAAAGGUAAACUGGACAUCCCGGUGUUGUUUGUGCCUGACACAAUGAAAUUGUAUGAAGCUGUGGUGAUUGUUCAUGUAGUGAAGAAGAAUGGUGAAAACUGGCCCUAUGAUGAUCCUGCUGAAUUAAACAAAGAACUGAAAAGCAUCACCACGUCAGAGAAUGGGGAAAUCCAUGGAAUAUGCUGGAUCUACCCAAUUCAUGGAAUCCCUGAAGCACAACCGUAUAAAUCAGCACCAGCUGUUGUAUGCUGUCGAGCCAGAAACAGAGUGGAGGAGCGAGUGGAAGUUCUGUUAACUGGUGUGGUUCCUGGAACAACUGCUAUGCCAGCAGCAAAAAAUGUUAUGAUCACCACUAAAAUUAAGACACCCAGUGUCCAGGAUGAAGUUCAGGUUACUGCCGGUUUUUCUACAACAGAUGAAUUUCUGUAUGAAAUUCAAUAUGAAUCUAAUAAAGUUAAAUCUCAGCUAGAGUCUUCAGUGGCUAUAAAUCUGGUGCAAAAAGAUCGGGAUGCAGAGUCCGGGAUUAUAACACUGACCUUCAAUAUCGUAUUUGCACCUAACAAACCAAUGAGGAAUUCAGCAACAUUGGUGGUACGGUGCACUACAGGUGGUGUCUGGAAGUUUCCAAUACUGUUACUUGCCACUGAGCCAGAAGUAGACGAUGUCAUCAAUAUUGAAGCAGCCGGCUUAAACAAAGAAUCAGUGAUUGGCUUUAGGCUUACAAGUCAGACAAGGUAUCCAGAACCAUUCACUGCAUACUUCCUGCCAGGCAGUGACCCAGAGUUUGUUGUAUUGCCUCAAGCUGGGGAACUUCUUCCACUUGACACUGUUGGAACCCGUAUAACCGUUGGAUUCAAGCCAAGUAUGUACAGCAAGAAGCAUAAAGCAACUUUAGUAAUUCAGACAGCAUCAAUGCAAUGGACAUAUGAGAUCAAUGGGCUGCCUCCACAGACCACACCACCGACUGCGUCAGCAAAAGUAGUUUCUACUAGUGGUUACAUGAGGUCAGCCACAGUUCGACAGCGCAACUUUUUACGUGAAAAUCUGAAGCUAAUUACCACUGGAGUAUCCUCCCCUGUCAAAGGUAGAAGUCCAGAGCUCUAUGGACGUUGA